AUGCAACCCAAGGUUCAAAGGAAAGACUCCAAGCUGAAGCGUGCCGUGACGUUCUUCAAGCACCUAGGCCUCAAAAGCUACUCCCGGCACAAGAUUUAUAAAUCGUCCUCGGCAUACGAAACGAACUCUUUCGAUUCGUGGCUGGCCAAACGACGGCGAUCCGAGAUGGAAGAUACAUCUUACGUGACUUCAACGCGCGCUGAGCUUGCAGACAGCAGCAGCCAUGCCCAUGGUCGUGCAUCGUAUUCCGAAAAGAAAGCCGAACUUGUAUACGAGAUGGAUGGCACCACGCUUCAUACUUCCCAGGACAUGGAUUACCUACCACGAUAUACGCAGGAGGCAGGUACAGCCGUCCAACCUUGCGAGUUGGAUGUUCACCUUCUAGCCGGAGAACCGCGUUUUAGAGGUGCAGCCGCAAACCCUGCCAACCCUUUGACAGGUAUUGGUGCUCAAUUCGACGCCGCCCGACAUGAUGUUGAGCCAUGGGAGGAGAUGCUUGUGUCCCCUGUCUCAAUCAUCCCGGGUUCAUUCAAUUACCAGAGUACCGGACUUGAUACAUCGCUACUUGCCGAGUUCGGUUCGGUCAAUCCAACGUACAGUGACUCCAACACAGUACCGUCAUUUGAGUUCGUUGAACACGACUCGUCCCAGGGUAAUGUCACACCGGCCCAUAACAAGUCUCUGCCGUCGUCUGAAAAUUAUGGCACCCUCUGUGACGGUGUAACGUUGUCAACGCACUUGCAGGUCAAGGAACUUCGUGAGAUGGUGCGUGUCUUGAACGAGGAGUGGAUGCGGAGAUGCCAAUCAACCCCAGAUAUUGUACUGCGCGCUUCAAAGUUGUCCCCACGAUCCCUAUUCGACACAGGAGCUCAAACCUUACAGCUCGUCUUCCAGGGUGUCCUCCCACGGACCUUCGACGCUGUUUUUGCCCUGGCGCACGUCGCUUGCGGGGCCGCGUACCUCGCGCACGGAGAGGAUGGCUCGCAUUGCUGGAACGAGUUCUUUCAGGAUGUCCUCAGCUGGCAAAGCCUGAUGCUGAAUGAGAGCGACGCGCGACUCUUCAUUCAGCUCGUGAACUUACUAUGGUGGCCUCAGGGUUCAUCAGCAGUAUCAUCCUGUGGCAACUAUUUUCUCGAUGAGACGAGUGGAACGCUUGUGCCAUUGCGAAGGCCUGUUGUUGGCCUCGAGCGAUUAGGCACCGAUGAUAUGCAACCACCACGACGGCCGACGAAGCCAGCUUCGAUGUCAACCUUGAAUUCUCUCAAAGAUGGGGUAGUCCUUCAAGAGUGCUCAAGGUUCCUUGAUGGAGUUGAGUAUGCCGGUAUCUUGGAAAGGAGCAGAAAAUAUCCCACCCAUCUGCCUUGGUACGCUCAGAAUCAUCUCACUAAUAUUGAAGAGAUGUUGAAGACAAUAAUCCAUUCACUUCAACAUUGCGACGGUAUCGAAGCGCUUCACGAUACUAUCAAAUAUACUGCUAUGGAGCUCAGUAAUGGAUCGCUACGCAGUGUUCGCGAGGUUGAGGUCUCGCUGAUUUCAAAUGGCAAGCCGUUUUGCCUAUCCACACAGAUCUAUAAGAGUUACCUUGACACUAUUGCUUCUAUCUGUGACCACAUCAUGCAUGAAGCAGGCCCAAAUUGGCGCGAUCGAUGUUAUGCUACAGAUUUAGACACGGUCUUGGCUUCAGUCGUGGAGAUGGACAAUUGUCAGCGGCUUGAACAUAUCGUACCUCACCAUCGACGCGACACCAAUGUCAACGCUAUGCCUGGCAUCAAGCAGACGUGGGCUGAGAGCGUCCCAACGCCAUCUUCCAUCGAGAAUCACACGCUCAUCGGCUCAUCACCAUCCACCGUUGCAUCUCCAACCUUCACCACUGGAUACUCACCCGCAAGUCAACCUAGCUCAACCACAUCGCCCGAGUCGUCCUUCUCGGCUCCGUCUCCUUCCUUGCCACGCACCGAAGUCACACACUGCCCCCUCUGCCCCGCGCUCUUUACUGGCUCUGCGCGCGACCGUACCUCCAAUCUACGUCGUCACAUGCGUACGUCGCGCGAUCACGGCAACGCGGUGGGGCUUCUAUGUACAAUGCCUGGAUGCGGUGCUAAUCUAAGCCGUUCGGAUAACCUGGGCAAGCACAUAAGGACGUUACACCAAGGGGAUACGGGUACAAGGUUGAGACGACAGGGCGCUAGGAUCAGGAGGGGUGGCUAUUCUGCUGGGUAG